UAAAGGGGUAGCUAUGGAGAUGGAGCGUUUUCCUGGCUGCUUUCUUUGACAGGUGUUGAGUGGGGCAAAAGUCUUAAAACAGAAUUCAGCAUGUACGCCAAAGGUAAAGGAGCUGUCGUCCCUUCCGAUAGCCAAGCAAGAGAAAAGUUAGCUUUAUACGUGUAUGAGUAUUUGCUGCAUGUUGGAGCACAGAAAUCAGCACAGACUUUCCUGUCAGAGAUCCGAUGGGAGAAGAACAUCACACUUGGGGAACCUCCAGGAUUUUUACACUCAUGGUGGUGUGUAUUCUGGGAUCUGUACUGCGCUGCUCCGGACCGGAGGGAGACAUGCGAACAUUCCAGCGAGGCCAAGGCUUUCCAUGACUAUAGUGCAGCAGCAGCCCCCAGUCCAGUGAUGGGAAACAUGCCACCCAACGAUGGCAUGCCGGGAGGACCCAUGCCCCCGGGCUUCUUUCAAGGUCCACCAGGAUCACAGCCUUCCCCCCACACACAGCCUCCCCCACACAACCCCAGCAAUCCCAUGAUGGGUCCACAUGGUCAGCCAUUCAUGUCUCCACGAUAUCCGGGUGGCCCAAGACCUUCACUACGUAUGCCAAAUCAGCCUCCUGGGAGCAUCCCUGGAUCACAGCCCCUCCUUCCAAACAGCCUGGACCCCACCAGACCUCAAGGGCAUCCAAACAUGGGAGGUCCAAUGAGAAUGAAUCCCCCUAGAGGCAUGGGAGGCAUGGGCCCACAGAACUAUGGCGGAGGAAUGAGGCCUCCUCCAAACUCCAUGGGGCCGGGGAUGCCAGGCAUGAACAUGGGUCCUGGUGGAAGAGGUCCAUGGCCAAACCCCAACACCAACUCAAUAGCUUAUUCAUCUUCAUCUCCAGGCAACUAUGUGGGCCCUCCAGGGGGAGGCGGCCCACCAGGAACUCCCAUCAUGCCUAGCCCUGGAGAUUCAACAAAUUCAAGUGAAAACAUCUACACAAUGAUGAACCCCAUCGGUCCUGGUGGAAACAGACCUAAUUUCCCAAUGGGACCGGGUCCUGAUGGGCCAAUGGGUGGAAUGGGCUCUAUGGAGCAGCAUCAUAUGAACGGAUCACUAGGCUCCAGUGACAUGGAUGGGUUGCCAAAGAAUUCUCCCAAUAAUAUGGCAGGCAUGAACAAUCCUCCCGGCACUCCGCGGGACGACGGCGAGAUGGCAGGCAACUUUUUAAACCCAUUCCAAAGUGAAAGUUAUUCACCCAACAUGACGAUGAGUGUGUGAUUUUUUUUUCCCUUUUAUUUUACUUUUUUCAUCUCCCUUAAUUUCAAUCUCCCUCUCCUCAUCCACCCCGGUGCGUCUUGCAUUCCCCUCUUCCUUUCCUCCCUUCCUUCUUCUCCUCCUCUCCGUGGAUGGUGUGCUGUGCCACGCAGCCCCUUGGGAUUCACCUGGAAAGCAGGAUUCCCCUCAAGGCCCCACAUCCCAAUGCCUGUAACAUGGGUGUAAGAGCAUGAAACAGCCUCCAAGCAGCAGGAAGGGUCUCCUCUUCUCUCCUCACCUGUUAGGCUCCAUGGAGGAUCCAAGGACAGUGAGCGCUCAAACCUACCCCAAGAUUACCUGUCGCAAAAUCAGAGCCUGCCCUCUUGGGUGGGAUGCAAGCGCAAAUAAGAUAUCCCUCUUCAUUCAGCUCUGCCUCGCCACGGCCCCACCACGAUAUCAAACUGAUCAUAUAUUAUGAGGACGUGCAGUUGUUGACUCACACGGGGCAGAACACCCUCAUUCAGAAACUCUGCUUCUGUGGCAGGAUUGAUUAAAUAAAGAAAAACAAAAAAAAAGAGAACUAAUAAUCUUAUUUUAGGGCAAGAAUGGUUUUUACUGUUUGUAAUUUUUGUUGUUGAUGAUAAUAUUGUUCUAAUUUUCAUAAUUGAUAUUAUUCUUCUAAUGUAGUUAUGAUUUCCUGUAAAGGGCACAUUUUUAUCUCAGCAGCAGCAUCAACAAUGACAGAAUAAGCACACACUCAAGAAAUGCACAAUAAUUUUCUGUUUACAUGAUUUGAAUUUAUUUUUUGCUUGUGUUUUGUUUUUGUCGCGGUCAGUCUCCUCACUUCGUAAAGCUUCCUCUCAGCUCAUAGUUUGUGUAUUUGCCUCCUAAAUGUUUUCAGAGGAUGUGUUAUUGGGAUAAUUGAUUGUCCUCCCGUGCUGAAGUGGUUUUUGCUGAGGUUUUGUUAUCUCAGAUUGAACUAGCCAUGCAUAUAAAAUAUAGGGUUUUCAGAGUGUUGCUGUCUUCUGGUACAAAGUGUCUGUUGAUGCACAUGGAUGAUGUUUAGCUAUCUUGUCUUAAGCAACCCCCACAGCUGUCUAUUACUGCUGGAAAAGGCCUCUGCUGACACUGUAAACAGACUGUCAGCACAGAGGCUGUUUCUAAGUCAGUAACAGACAGAAACUGAGAGCAUUUUGUGGGUCCUCUUGUCUCUUCUGUGAAUUUGUUGUCUGUAAAUACAGCAUAUUUAGCUUGUAUUGUACUUGUUUUAUUUGUUAUUUACAAUUUGUCUGUGAAUCCUGAAAUGUGGUUCCUUGCCCUUCAUGCCUCCAAGUGGCACUGUUGCCCUCCUAGGAUCCAGUCUGGUCUCUGGCCAGCAUCCUCCUUUGGGACUGGGAGAGCUUGUGGGACCUCAUGACACACUCAUGAAACUCAUAAAUCCACUUUCAGACGAAACGGACUAAAUAACUGUCUCUGUGGAGCUCCAAUCAACCAGUUCUCAUGGGAAAUCCCAGAUGUAUGGGGUACUGGACUCAGGGGUGCUGAUGAUGGGAACAGAGUGAUGCACCUUGGGGUUCAUAGACCAUGCAGCCACAUCGGUGUAAAGAAGAGGAAUAUAUACAUUUCCUUUCUGGGGUUUGUUUUCAGCAGGUUGUUUUUUUUUUAAAAUAUAUUCAACUGAAAUUAAAGCCCGUAGAAUCUGCACACAAAGAAAAGCAUAGCUACAUGUUAUACUAUUUAAUUUGUUUCUCUCUGUACGUUCUGUACUCUUGGCCUUAUCAACAAUUACUUUUGCUGUUUUAAAGGGAUAAAUUAUCUCAUGGCACCACAAUGCAGCACUCACAUCACAACUGUGUGCAAACAAACACCAACGAAGCAACCGUUGUAGCCUCACUGGGUGAUGGUGAUUUACUUGUCAGUUUCCUGAUAUCAAUGUGAAUAGUUUGCACCCAGACGUCGACAGGGAUAUCUCCAGGAUUUGGCGAUCAGUGGCCUGGGAAACACUCUCUCUGUUGUUCCUUCGAUGUAGUGACACACACCUCCUUUCUUUCCUCCUGUCCCGUCCCCAACCUCCCCCACCUUUUUUUUUUUUCUUUUGUAAAUACUGUAUAAUGCAUUUUGAUAUCAUUGACAUGUUUUGAUAUGUCAGUCACUACCAAUGAAUACAGCUGAGAGUAAAUUAUAAAUAAAACUAUCCAUGUUUUUCAUAGAGAAAGGAUGCACUAACCAUUUGGCUCAUGUGGCUAAAUUUAUAGUAUACAGUAAAGUGGCUAAAUGUAUAGAUUAGCCUACAGUAACACUGAAUGAAGACUGUAUGCUAAAGAGUUGUGUGAUGAGGAGGCUAGGACAGAAAGAGGCCAGGACGAAGAGAGAAGCUGUCGGACUGUGGCGUUCUUGCUCUGUCCUGCCUCCUUUUGGUACACGCAAAUGUUACUGUUGGUUAUGGAAAAAAAGAUUUUAAAAAAAGAACAUUUUCCAAAGGGCAUCUUCUCACAAAAAUAAAAAAACAUGUGACCUCUUAUUGCAGUUUUUAAUAUGAAGGAUUUUUAUCAAUUUAAGGAAACUUUUAAAAUGGAAAAAAUACUUAAGAAAACCUCAUUUUAAAUUAAUAAUAGAUUAAAAGUAAUACUUAUGGGGGAAAACUGUGUCCUUUGCUAUUCGCUCCUGUAAUAGCGUUGUAUAGUUUGAAGCUCUCACUGAUCCUCUCUCAGUCCUCUGUGUAUAUUGAUCGUUGGCCAUCUCUGUGCUUCUAUUGUGAUGUAUAAUACUGUACCAUUAGGAAGAUUUGCUGGUCAGGUGGGUGGUUAUAUUGACUUGGGGUGGGUUGGGGAUUCAAGGGAGGGGAAUAUAAGUGAUUCUCCAGUACCAUUCAUGGUCCUCUCUGAUGACUCAGCAGUAUUCAAUAUGAAGCAGUCUGUCUUUUGGGUUUGCUUUGUAUUUCAUGGUAGGAUAGUUGAGAAUCUUGUCUUAGGGACUUAGGUGUCUUGUGUAGGUAAUAAAGAUGUUCUUUGUAUGUUUCUUUAUAUUGUAAAGUUUCUUUAGACUGAAAGAAAAACAGAUAAUUUGCUUAUCAAAAAAGAAACAAUGCAUCAAUAAUAAAUGUCAUUUGAUUUUU